AUGGUACUACCGCUUGGAGCGCAACCGCAGCGUACCCACUUGGCCUCAGUUCGUCGAAUUCGUCAACACGUGGUUCGGUCCUCUCGCCAAAGCAACCCGUUCGGCGAGCUCACCCAUCUGCGUCGUUUUGGAUCGGUGGCGGAUUACCAGGAGAAGUUCCUGCAACUCCUGGCCGUCUGCGACAACGUCAUUGAGCAACAACAAAUCGACAUCUUCACCGCUGGAUUGUGCAAUCCACUGCGCAUAGACGUAGAGCUGCACCAACCACCUACAUUGGAGGAUAAGAUGGCCUUAGCGCGCACCUUCAAACGGCGGCUCGAGCUCGACGAUGAUACCCUGCACUCCUCAGCCCGCUCCGCCCAUCCACCACGCGCCACACCGACUGCGCCGAGGGUCCCGACACCACCAGCCCUACCCAACACGACGACCUCACCAACAACGCGGACAAUUCCAGAAUUGGGCACGCGCUUCUCCCGCCUUUCCCCGGCGGAGAUGAUCGAGCGCUGCGAAAAGGGCCUUUGCUUCAAUUGUCCGGAGAAGUUCUCCCAAGACCACCUCAAACAUUGCUUUAGCUUUAUGAAAGGAAUCUACCUGCUCGAGCUUGAUGAAGGCUUCACGAUGGAGGAUAACUACCACGACGACACGGUCGAGAUCUCCCUCAACGCGCUCAUCGGCAUUCAGACAAGCACUACGAUGCAGCUCGUUGCUCACGUUGCCGGUGCACCGCUCUGCGCCCUGGUGGACUCCGGUUCCACCCACUCCUUUGUCGUCGAGGACGCAGCACGUCGUGCCGGGCUAGCACCCAUUCCCAUGCCCGGCCUCAGCAUCGGGGUGACCAACGAUGAUAAGAUCACCAGCGCCGGAAUCUGCCACGACAUCGCCGUCUACAUUGAUCGUGAGGCAUUCUGCAUGGAUCUCUACGUGCUGCCAUUGGACAAAUAUGAUGUCAUCCUCGGGUGUCAAUGGUUGCGAACGCUCAGGCCUAUCCUUUGGGACUUUGAGCAACUCACCCUUGCGUUCUGGCGGCACGAACACCAGGUCAAGUGGUUCGAGGUGGCCACGGGUUCGACACCAAGUCUGCACACAACAGCACCGAUCGAUCUCUUGCAGCUGUUGCUCUUUGCAGACAUCUUCGAAGAACCGCAAGGUCUUCCCCUAGCACGCCGGUUCGAUCACCGGAUCCAUCUACUUCCGGACACGGCGCCCAUCGCCGUGCGACCUUACCGGUAUCCUCAAUUGCUCAAGGACAAGAUCGACAUGCUGCAACACAGCCUCAUCCAGCCGAGCACAUCAGCCUUCUUCUCUCUGGUCCUCUUCGUCCACAAGCACGACAACAGCUGGUGGUUUUGCGUCGACUAUAGAGCCCUCAACGCUAAGACAGUCAAAGACAAAUUCUCAAUACCCAUCAUCGACGAAUUGCUAGAUGAGUUGAAGGGUGCCUGCUUCUUCUCCAAGCUGGACCUUCAUAGCGGCUAUCACCAAGUGCUGAUGCACCCAGCAGACAUCGAGAUGACGGUAUUUUGCACCCACCAUGGCCACUUUGAAUUCUUGGUCAUGCUGUUCGGCUCGACAAAUGCGCCAUUGACAUUUUAG